AUGAAGGCAUCAAACCUCAAACUGUCCUUUUCCAUAGACCUACAAGUCUGUGUAAACAUCUCAAAAUUAUUUUGUGGAACAAUGCAUCAGCAGGAGCAAGUAGAAUGGGACGACGUGAACAAACUUCUUCAGCAUCACGGAUUCAAACCAGUGCAUUUUGCAGAUCCAGUGGAGAAUAAAAGUUUGUCUGAUCUGGUUUUGUUGGACAAGCGCUCAGCUGCAGAGGUCAGAGCAACGCUGAGAGUGAUGCUGACAGACUCUGAGAGGAGACAGCAACUCAUCCAGGAACUGAUCCGGACCAACAGCCAACUCAAGGAGGAGGUGCAGGGCCACAUGAGUCGCUCCGUGGCUCAGACUCAUCGGGCCUCAGAGCUGGAGCGUCUGCUGGACCAGGUCCGGGUCCGGGUGCAGGAGCUGGAGGAGCGCUGUGUGGACCGAGCUGCGCACACUGAGGGGGAGAUGCAGAGUCUGAAGCAGAGCAAGAGACAGGCUCAGCGGCUGGUGGAGGACUUGGACCAGGCGUUGCAGAAACAGAGGGAGGAGAUGAGCGCGCUACAGAAGAAGCUGCUCUUCAUUGUGAGAGCCGAGGAGCAGCGUCUGGUCCAGCAGAGCCAGACGUUUGAGCUGGUCUGCAGACGGACUGUAAGGCAGGGCAGCUCACAGGACCAGCAGAUUUUAGACGUGAUCGGCCACUAUGAAGCCAAAAUGUGCCAACUCCUGGAUGAAAGGAAAGGAGGAGACUCAUCCCUGGAGCAGACAACCAGCUUCAGUCCCACUUUUAAAACAAUGAUGAAGGCGUUCCAGGAGUAUGAGAAGGAAAGUAAAGCUCACAUCGAAGACCUGAAGAAGAAAGUGGAGUGUCUCAAACAGGAGCUGGAGGCGCGACCGACGCUAAAAGAUUUAAAAUUCUACAAACACAAAGUUCGACGGAUUGAGAAACUUUAUAACUUGAGAUUGUCUCAAGAUGAAAACUUAUACGAAAUUCAAGAUGGCUCCGACUCCACAUCGAGCGACCAGAACCAGAAAUUGCUGAGUGAGAUCAGAGCAGUGGUGACGGGGCCUAAAGCUCCUCUGAAGCUGCACAAACAGAACCUUGUGUCGGACUCUGGAAAACAGCUCCAGCCUCUGCUCCCAACUGUGCAACUGUGGGCCCAGCAGCUCACUCUACUUAAGGAUCUGUACCGGAGUCUGACCAGUCUGUCCAGUAGACUGUUGCCCUCGCAUCCCUCAGAGGAGGCUCGUCCCGAGCCCGUGAAGGUGGAGGACAUGAUGCUCCUGGUCGACACUCUGCUGGAGAACACCACCAUAGACGAUGACACGGUGUUGAGGAGCCCGACCCGCCACACUCUUAGCUCGAUGGUGGCUCACUUUCAGAAGCUCUUUGAUGUGUCGUCUUUGAGUGGAGUUUACCCUCGAAUGAAUGAAGUUUACAGACGACUGGGAGAGAUGAGCACAGCCAUGAGACACAUCCGCUGCGCCCUGGACCUUGACGACAGAACUGAGGUGGUGAAUGUUGUGACCAGACUCUCUGCUCAGCCUCAGACUGCAGUUCAGGACCUGCUCGAGGAAGACCACAUCGACAGUAUUAUUCAAAAAGUGAAGGAUCAUGAUGAGUUUUUCCCUGCAUUUCAUUCAUUCAUCACUGACAUCUUACAAACUUUAGGUGUAACUCGACUGGAGGACAUUCUUCCAGCUCUGCAAUCACUAAAACAAGCUGUGUGA